CUUACUCGGAAUUCCUAGAUUAUACAAGAAAACUUGUUUCGCCCAUCAAAUUUGGAGCCAAGAAUGGUUUCUAAUAUCAAAUUCUGUUGACGCCAUGAGCAAAAUUAAGCUGCAGUGUUUUGACAUAGUGCGAAAGCCCAGUCAGCCAUGGCGGAAACUCCAAACUCUUGCGAAUUCGACUCCAAGAAUCCCCCAGAAAUCUGCUUUUCCUGAUAAAAAUGGAACCUUGGGUGCGUUGUCGGAACCUGGCUCCGUAGAUGAUGCCCGCGUUGUGUUCGACCAAAUGCCUGAGAAGGAUGUGUUUGCGUGGAACGCAAUGAUUUCGGCAUAUGCAGAAGCAGGGAUGCUUGAUGAGGCAAGACAGCUGUUUGACAAGGCCCCAAAGAAGUCUGCCUUCACUUGGUCCACACUCCUUUCCGGGUACUCGAAACACGGGUUGGAAAACGAAGGCUUUGAACUGUUUAGGGCGAUGCAGAGAGACGGGAAGAAGCCGACCGGGACCACACUUGCCAGCAUUCUCAGGAUAUGUUCUGCCAAGCGUUUGAUUUUUGAAGGAGAGCAGGUUCAUUCAUAUUCAAUAAAGACUCGAUUCGAUCUAGACAUCUUUGUAGCUACUGGUCUUGUAGAAAUGUAUGUGAAAUGUAUGCGCGUCGAGGAAGCCGAAUCUGUUUUCAACUCAAUCUCAAAUGGCAAAAAUCAUGUCACUUGGACCUCAAUGAUCUGUGGGUAUUCUCAGAUUGCCUGCUUUUCAAAAGCCAUUGACUGCUUUCGGAGGAUGAGAGCAGAAAAUGUUAAGGCCAACCAGUACACGUUCCCCGGCCUUCUCUCUUCUUGUUCUGCACUAUCUGACCUGAAAUUCGGCGUUCAAGUUCACGGCAAUGUUCUUCGCGACGGGUUUGGUUCAAAUCUGUUUGUGCAGAGCGCGUUGGUGGAUAUGUAUGCCAAAUGUGGAGAUUUGUCCAGUGCCAGAAAAGAGUUGGAGUCUAUGUCCUUUGAUCACAUAGUUUCUUGGAAUGCCAUGAUGCUAGGGUGUGUCAACCAUGGGUUUCCCAUUAUGGCAUUGUCAUUGUUCAAGGACAUGGUUUCUAGAGAUAUGGACAUAGACAAUUUCACGUACCCUUCGGUUAUUAACUCUCUUGCUCUCUUAAAGGAAGCGACGAAUGGAAAAUGCAUCCACUGUUCGGUCAUCAAGACCGGGUACGACGGGUACAGGCUGGUCGGAAAUGCCCUUGUGGACAUGUACGCGAAACAAGCGGAGUUGGUUUGUGCGAGGGAAGUGUUCGAGGGUAUAAUGGACAAAGACGUGGUUUCGUGGACGUCCCUCGUCACCGGCUACGCUCAUAACUGCAUGCACGAAGAGUCGUUGAAGCUGUUUCGCGAGAUGAUGUCGUCCGCUGAUGUCACUCCCGACCCGGUCAUCUUCUCCAGCGUCUUGAGUUCGUGUGCGGAGAUUGCAGUUCUUGAUUUGGGACGACAAAUCCACGCUAGCUAUAUGAAAUCGGGCCUCACCACGUCAGCGUCUGUCGAUAAUACCCUCGUCGCCAUGUACGCGAACUGCGGGUCCCUCGAAGACGCAGACCGGGUUUUCGAUUCAAUGCGUUCCCGCAGCGUGAUUACGUGGACUGCCCGAAUAAUCGGUUAUGCCCAAAACGGGAGAGGGGAAGAAUCAGUGAGAUUGUAUGGCAGCAUGAUAAGCGAAGGGAUUGAACCGGACGCGGUUGCGUUCAUAGGCCUCCUCUUCGCUUGCAGCCGAGCCGGUCUGGUCGAGCUCGGGCGGUCCCACUUCGAAUCCAUGGAACCCGUCUACGGGAUCAAGCCCGGGGCCAACCACUACGCGUGCAUGACCGACCUUCUAGCGCGGGCCGGGAAGACGCAAGAGGCCAUGGAGCUGGCGGCCGGCGCGGGGCCCGACGCGGCCGUGUGGAAGGCGCUGCUCUCCGCAUGCGGGGUCCACGGAGACGUCCCCGCGGCGGAGAAGGCCGCGGCCGUGCUGUUCGAGCUGGACCCGGAGGACGCGGCCCCGUACGUCAUGAUGUCGAACAUAUACUCCGCCGCGGGUAGAUGGGACGAGUCCUCCGGAGUCCGGGCACGGAUGCGGGCGGGCGGGGCCCGCAAGGAGCGGAGCUACAGCUGGAUCGAGACGGGCGGGGCGGUGCACAAGUUCCUGUCCGGGGACCGGGACCACCCGAGGGCGGGGGAGGUUUUUGCAAAGGUCGAGGAUGUCCUGAGGGCGAUCGAGGAGGCGGGGUACGUGCCGGACGUGAACUGCGCUCUUCACGACAUCAACGAGGAAGGGAGGCGGGAGAGCGUGGCUUACCACAGCGAGAAGCUGGCGGUGGCGUUCGGGCUUCUUUACGCGCCGGAAGGGGCGGCCAUUAGAGUGUACAAGAACCUCAGGGUCUGCGGGGAUUGCCAUGCCGCCAUGAAGUUCAUCUCCAAGGUCUUCCAACGCCAUAUCAUUCUCAGGGACUCUAAUUAUUUUCACCAUUUCAGGCUUGGGACCUGUUCUUGUAGAGAUUAUUGGUAGAUCCAUAUUUUUAAUUAGCAGCAAGAUUGUUUUUUUCUGUGUCUAAGGUAUAUUUCAAUAAUGUUGGGUACACCAAAAUAGGUUACCCAUUAGUACACCAUUAUUAACAGACGCACAGACACUUCAGAUAUUGGUGCGGAGUGUGUUUAGGUCGGGAUAGGGUGGGGCUUUACCGGAGAGUGUUUGGGUCGGGAUAGGGUGGGGCUUUACCGGAGAGAUAUGAAUCGCUAAUUUUGCUAUAAGCAUCUAAAUUUUUGUUAAUGUUAGUGUAUUUUAGUGGAAUAGAACAAACUAUAGUAUGUAUA